AUGGCGCUCAAUGAUCCUCGAGAUGAGCGCGCGUUUACUUAUUUGGUGGGCAUUGGCGUCACACAUUCCAUUGCACCGGUAAUGCAUGACUUUGUCGCACACUCGCUCGGCUACAACUGGAAAUUCAUCGCUCAAGAAUGUCCCACGGUGGAAGAUGCAGUGGCUCUUUUUCGAAAACCCGCAUUCGCCGGCGGAGUGGUGACGAUGCCUUACAAGGGUACGAUAAAGAACCACCUUGACGGGCUCGAUGAGCAUGCCGUCACCAUAGGAGCCUGCAAUAACGUGUACCGAGCCGCGGAUGGCUCGCUGCGAGGGACCAAUACCGACUGGAGAGGCAUUAAGGGCUGUCUAUCGGACGGAGAUCCGCAGGGCAGGGGAAAGGGCAGACCGGCUCUCGUGAUAGGCGCUGGAGGUGCCUCCAGGGCUGCACUCUACGCUCUGUACGAUCAGUUACAGUGCAAUCCGAUAUACAUUGUCAACCGCGAUGCUGGCGAGGUCGACGCUCUAAGGAAGGAUGCUCAAGUCUACGGCAACCGCGUCAAGAUCGUAUGGAUUCGCUCGGUCGAGGAAGCAAAAUCCCUCGUGGCGCCUUACUACAUCGUGGGUACGGUACCUGACUUUGAACCGCAAAGCCCUGAGGAAAUUGCUGGACGGGAUGUAGUCGAACAUUUCCUGUCAUCGGCCGGCACGGACGACAAGGGAGUUUUGCUGGACAUGUGUUUCAAACCCCGACGGACGAGGUGGUUAAAGCUCGCCGAGAAGUAUGGCUGGAAAACAGUCGAAGGAACGGGGAUCAUCGGCCACCAGAUAGAAGAGCAGUACCGACUCUGGGUCGGAGAGGAGGUCGCCAAACGCAUAGACGUGGACGCUGCACGGGCAGUGCUCCAAAAAGCGGCGGAGACAAGUCCUGCGAUCAAUUUCUAG